AAUAUUAACCCAGAGAGAGUCGGGACAAUCCCUCAGAUCCCAGGAGCUGACACACUAUGUCGCACGUCCGCAGCCUGGGCCUACCUGGCUGCCUGGCUCUGGUUGCCCUGGCUAGCCUGGUACACAGCCAGCAUGUGUUCCUGGCCCCUCAGCAAGCACUGUCGCUGCUCCAGCGAGUCCGCAGAGCCAACAGCGGCUUCCUGGAGGAGCUCCGAAAGGGCAACCUGGAGCGUGAGUGUGUGGAAGAGCAGUGCAGCUACGAGGAGGCCUUUGAGGCCUUGGAGUCUCCCCAAGACACGGAUGUGUUCUGGGCCAAGUACACAGUGUGUGAAUCAGUGAGGAAUCCUCGAGAGACUUUCAUGGACUGUCUGGAAGGUCGCUGUGCUGUGGAUCUGGGUCUGAACUACCAGGGGACUGUGAAUGUCACCCAUACCGGUAUUGAGUGCCAGCUGUGGCGGAGCCGCUACCCACACAAGCCUGACAUUAACUCCACCACCCAUCCUGGGGCCGACCUGCAGGAGAACUUCUGCCGCAAUCCAGACAGCAGCACCACGGGACCCUGGUGCUACACCACAGACCCUACUGUGCGCAGAGAGGAAUGCAGUGUCCCUGUCUGUGGCCAGGAGGGCCGCACCACUGUGGAGAUGACUCCUCGCUCUGGAGGUUCCAAGGAGAAUCUGUCGCCUCCACUGGGACAGUGUCACACUGAGCGUGGCCGGCUAUACCAGGGGAACUUGGCUGUGACAGCACUUGGGUCCCCCUGCCUGGCCUGGAACAGCUUACCAGCCAAAACUCUGAGCAAGUACCAGGACUUUGACCCCGAGGUGAAACUCGUGGAAAACUUCUGCCGCAACCCAGAUUGGGAUGAGGAGGGCGCAUGGUGCUAUGUUGCGGGGCAGCCUGGCGACUUUGAAUACUGCAGCCUCAACUACUGCGAGGAGGCGGUGGGAGAACCGGAGAACCAUGAUGCGGAGGAAUCCAUCGCAGGACGCACCACCGACACGGAGUACAACACCUUCUUCGAUGAGAAGACAUUCGGCCUUGGGGAGGCAGACUGUGGCCUGCGGCCUUUGUUCGAGAAGAAGUCGCUGAAAGACGAAACGGAAAAGGAGCUUCUUGACUCUUACAUACAGGGGCGCAUCGUGGAGGGCUGGGACGCUGAGAAGGGUAUCGCCCCCUGGCAGGUGAUGCUUUUUCGGAAGAGUCCCCAAGAGCUGCUAUGUGGGGCCAGCCUUAUCAGUGACCGAUGGGUCCUCACUGCUGCCCACUGCAUUCUGUACCCACCCUGGGACAAGAACUUCACUGCAAAUGACCUCCUGGUGCGCAUUGGCAAGCAUUCCCGAACCAGAUAUGAGCGGAAUGUUGAAAAGAUCUCCAUGCUGGAAAAGAUCUACGUCCACCCCAGAUAUAACUGGCGGGAGAACCUAGACCGUGACAUCGCUCUGCUCAAGUUAAAGAAGCCCGUGCCCUUCAGUGACUAUAUCCACCCCGUAUGCUUGCCAGACAAGCAGACAGUAGCCAGCUUGCUCCAGGCUGGUUAUAAAGGACGGGUGACAGGCUGGGGCAACCUUCGGGAGACAUGGACAACCAACAUCAACGAGAUCCAUCCCAGUGUCCUGCAGGUGGUGAACCUGCCCAUCGUAGAGCGGCCAGUGUGCAAGGCCUCUACCCGGAUACGCAUUACUGACAACAUGUUCUGUGCUGGCUUCAAGGUGAAUGACACCAAGAGAGGAGAUGCUUGUGAAGGUGACAGUGGGGGACCUUUUGUUAUGAAGAGUCCCUAUAACAACCGCUGGUAUCAAAUGGGUAUUGUUUCAUGGGGUGAAGGCUGUGACCGGAAUGGGAAAUAUGGCUUCUACACACACGUGUUCCGUCUGAAAAGGUGGAUACAGAAAGUCAUUGAUCAAUUUGGAUAGGUGUGUGAGUGGGUGAGGGACCCUCAAUAUGGGAUCCUCAUUGCAGAAUCACAGAAACCAGUCAAAAUAUUUUUGUGGUUUGUUUCUGUUCUCAAUAAAAGUGAUUGUAAGUCUCA